CUACAACGCCACUGAGAAAGUGUCAUGACAGUGGGUUUUUUUUUAUUUACUAUGAGUAUCGCGUUGCUUUAAAUGUAAAUUUUAAGUCUUUUUCACAGCAUUGAUUGUAUUCUUGGAAAAGCUAUUGGAAGUGAAAAGCCAUCCCCAAAAGGUGGUGUACAAGUGUGGGUUCUGCAUGAGUGUGUAGCUAACUUGGAGAAAAUAACAGAAAAGAAAUAAUUAAAGAAGAAAUUAAAGAAGAGGUGAAGGACGAAAAACUAAGUCAGGAAAUCACUGACUGCAAGUUAGAGAAGGACAGAUAAUAAAAAAUAAAAUCAAUAAUGGGAGAUCAACAGUUCUUUUUAAAAUGGAACGACUUCCAAACGAACAUGGUGACGUCCUUUCGGCAUCUGCGGGAUGAAAAGAGCUUUACAGAUGUUACUCUGGCUUGUGAAGGGCAAACGUGCAAAGCUCACAAGAUGGUUUUAUCAGCCUGCAGUCCAUACUUCAAGUCUCUGCUUGAGGAAAACCCAUCGAAACAUCCAAUAAUAAUCCUAAAGGAUGUGUCCUACAGUCAUCUACAAGCCAUUCUGGAGUUUAUGUACGCUGGUGAAGUAAAUGUGUCGCAGGAACAACUUCCCGCAUUUCUCAAGACAGCAGACCGACUCAAAGUAAAAGGAUUGGCCGAGACUCCGGCCACAAUUAAGCGGGAAGGUUGAUAAUCAUGAGCAACAUGUCAGGAAUAGAUGGAUCGGUGUAAGAUGGGAUAGAUUCGAUUUAUUUUUCUUUUCGGACUUAAUCUUAGGAGCACGUAAAAAUUGACACGCAUCAGAGUAAAUGAAAAAUUGUGUAUGUAUUUGUCUAAAUAAUCUUGCAUUUCCUUUAUUACAAAAAACAUGUAGUAAAUACAAAAAUUGAAAAAGUUUGGAAAUUUAUGUUCUUUUCAAUUCGGAUAAAUAUGAUAAAAUUUUGCAUUUUUAAUGGAUUUUCUCAAAAUGCAAAUUUGUAUUAAGUUUGUUGUGAGAUAAUUCUUGUUAAUAGAUUUUUGUUUUUUUUUUUUACACAAUCCAAUGAAAAUGACACUAUGUUACCACAAUAAACCUUAGCAGGUUUUCUUUUAACUUUAUAAAAGAAAUAAAGGAAACAUUUUAUAAACAAUAUAAAAGAAUGGAUUCCUUUUGUUUCUCAUAGUAUAAUUGUGAAGAAUUCUUUAUUGAGGAGGAGCCACAAUAAAGUUAAAAGAAAUAUCCUUUUUAAAUGAUUCUGUUAAUUGGUUAAAUUUCUACCACGAAUAAAUAUUUAAAACAGAAUAUGAAAAAGGUAAAAAAUAACAAAUAAGAAGUUGAAAGGAGAGAAAAUAGGAUGUAAGCUAGAAUAAAUUUAUGGGCAAUUCGUAGUUAAUUUCUGAAUGAAAACAAAAAAUGUAUGAAUUUAGAAAUAUACCAGGCAUAUUCUUUUUCAAAAAAACAAAAAACAAAAAAAGAAUUCAUAAUAAUAAAAAUAAGGAGCGAGAAUUAAAUAUUGAAAGAUGAAAACAAGAGCAUGUUAUGCUCUUUGGUAAUUUUGUGGAUUUUUUCCACGAUUUUUUUUUUAUUUUUUCGGAAACAAUAUUUUUCCUUUUUAUUUUUAAUUAUUUCAUUUCAUAUAGAUUAAAAAUAUGUACAAACCAAGUUGGAAAUCGAUUUAAAAGAAUUAUUAAGGAUGAAAUUGCAGGAAAAAAUAGGUGUGAUUAUGAAGGAAUCACACCUAACACAAUAUAGAGAAUGAAUUUCAGAGGAAACAAACUAACUGACAUUUAUAUUAUAUUUUUACCAUAAGUUUUCUUUUAAUAUUCGUUUUCGACACGUCCAUUUUUUAAAACUAAAAGUGUAUAAACUUUUUCUAAUGCGCUAUGUGAAAAAUUAAUGGAAAAAGCUAAACAAGUAAAUUUUACAAGGAAGUAAAAAGAUUUAUGAGAAAUCCUAAAAUAAUUUCCAAAAUCGCAUUGUACUUGCAGUGACGAUAAGUUACAAUACAGACUAUGAUGGUAAAAAUAGUUUUUUUUUACAAUAAUACGUUUAGUUUUCAAUACACAAAAUAUAUUAUAUAUUUUAAUAAUACAACACACUGAUUAUAUGCGAUAAAUAAAAUACAGUAAAUAUUUAAAUUGAAAUAGGCAUGAGAAAAGUGUAUUUUACCUAAUAUUAUAAUUAAUUAUUCUUGAUAAAAAACGAUUUAUAUACAUUAUAUAAAA